CACAGUGCAAACAGCUGUUUGCUUACUUUUCAAUUAAUAAUUUUAUAUUAAAUGCGCUGUGCUGUAAAUAAUUGCGGAAAUAAUAAUCGCAGCUCGAAUAGAAAGAAAUGGCGAUACUUUCAUUUCCCCAAAGGAGAGCAACUCCUUCAACAAUGGAUAGAUUUCUGCCAGCGGGAUAGAAUAAACACCGCUACAGCCUGCAUAUGCAAUGAGCAUUUUGCACCUGAGGACUUUGAGCGGAAUAUGCAGUUUGAACUUGGCUUCACCCGGAAAAAUCCAACAAAACUUAAGUCCGGCUCAUUUCCUAGUGUAAAUAGACCCCAAAAGGUGGUCAAAGAAAAGCGUGGGAAAACCAAAAAACAAUGUACAAAUGUUUCUUCGAAGAUCUCCAACAGCGUCACCGAAUUCUUCCAGCAAGAACCACAAUUUUCAAAUACCCAAGAAACCAUAGAAAUCCAACUAUGUGAAAUUGCUAAAGAUUAUGAGGAAUUGGAGGAAAGUUCCUCCAGCGUUUACAAUGAAAUUGUAGAACUGAUCGGUGAAUCUGGAAGAAGUACCUCCUCCCAACAAUCUAAAGAUGACGACAGUCUUCAAGAUCACAGGCAUUUGGAAGUAGAGAUUCUGGAUCCCCUAAAUCCGCAAUCGAAUGCCAAGGACCAUGUCGAGAUAAUUGAUUCGGAAGGCGACAACUAUGUAAAGCACUUGGAACAUGAAGUGUGUUCCCUAAAACGCGAGGUAUUUUUUCUCAAAGACGAACGCAAAAAGCUAAUGGAAGAAAUUCGAAAUCUCAAGGCAACUAUUCAAAGAUCAGAAGUCCAAAAAAGUCUGGAAAGAAACUUGAACUCUAUUUGAAAAGCAGCAUCGUAAAAAUAUUUGGGGUGUUUGAGCAUCUCUUCAAAUUGUGUUAAUAUUUAUUAGAGGAAUCCCUAGGAUUUAAAUUCAUAUAGAACACGACAAGAAUGGAAUUUUUAUGACAAGAAAAUGUCCAUUCUGAAAUAGAAAGACUGUUCAGAUGAAUGCGACAAAACACAAAUCCUUGAAAUCUUAAAAUCUUGACUGACUAUAUAUUAAAAUUGUAAUGCUGAAUAUUUUUCUGUUGAUUUAUAAAUAUUUCGCAUAAAUUGUGUCAUAUUGUUAGGAAUAACUAAAUUAAUUGAUUUUUUUUCUUGCUUAAUAAUUUUUCAUUUGUAAAGUCUUUUUAGUAUACAUAUAUUUAGACAUUUAGUUAAAGAACAAAUAAAAUUAAAAUUAAAUUAAUUUACAUAUGGCGUGCAGAUGCCAAGUCUUUGGUAAAAUUUCGGAAUCAAUUUUUGCUACCUACUUACGCACACCUUUUCUCCUUUCUACAAACUUAAGCACUUUCCACAAAUCAGCGGGUACUCAAAAUAUUUUCAAGGAGUUCGUGUUUAAAUUUCCAGGAAAUUUUUGGGUAAUCGCGGUGCGGCAAUUUUCGCCAAGGUCAAAGUCAUUAGAGCAGGCAAAAUAUCCCUUAUCUUAUCCUGCAAUAUUCCCUAUUUUGCCUACCUGGAGGAGUAUAAAAACCAGUGGUCGACUGGAAGUCGACCUGCACUGCAAGCGAUGUCCUCCGAUCGACAACAUCCAUCUGGCGGAGCUCCACGGAUUCGUCGCUGGAUCUUUGAAAGACCUGAGGAUCAGAUGACAGGACCUUCGAAUUAAGCACACUCUGGGCCCAACUACAAAAUUUCAAACAUUCAUCGCUUGCAGUGUCAGCAAAUUAGCCGAAUUUAGACAAUUGUAUUGUAUUGUAAAUUCUAGUUAAUUCUAUAGAUCAAUUGUAAAUGUUAGUUAAUAUCCUAUUCAAUUGUAUAUACAUAUACAACAAAAUUGUAUAUAUGUCAUCAAAUUGUAUAUAUGUAACUAGCUAGCCAAUUUAAUCUAAGUAGUGCAUUUGUAUAUAAAAACCUUAUGAAAUUUUUAGACAAUUCAAUAGACCCAAUGUAUAAACAACCAAAUUAUAGCCAAAUAUUUAGAAAAAUUAUAGCGCAAAUUUUAGUCCAAUUGUAUAUAAUUUAGAAAACAUUUUAAAGAAAUUGUAA